CACCAACCUCAAACAGAAGGAGGGUGUGUCUGUUAAACAACUGGAGCAAGAUUUUAGAACCUUGGCUAGGUUCUUACCGGAGUACGCGAUCAAUGAGGACCGCAUGUCGGAGCACUUUUGGGAUGCCUUACUCUUGGACAUCCGUGAUCGGGCUACGUACUCACGCCACAUGACCUUUAGCGAGGUGGUGGAGCAGGGCCUUCUUGGGGAGGCUCAAUGGAAUGAGAGAAAAGAAAGAGACGCCGAGGAGGCGAAAAAGAGAAAAUGGCAUAAUUCGGGGCCGCCCGAGCAAGCACGGAAGAAUCACCACGGUGGGGGUGGGGGUACGUUCAAGGCGCCGGCACCACCGGCGAAGAAGAACAAGGAUGCUCGGUGGCACGCAUCCUCCUCUCAAAAUACGGGGCCUCCUAAGUGUGCCAACUGUUCAAAGAACCACUUCGGGAAGUGCAACGCACCCCCGAGGUGUUAUCGGUGUGGGAACGCGGGCCACAUGAAGGCCAAUUGCCCACAAUUGGGGGGAGGAGGAGCUCCGGGAUCCGGAGGAGGAACCAUGACGGGAAGAAACCGUGCGGGCCCGUCAAACGGCGGUACGGGAAGAGGCAACCCAUCCACAAGUCAUGCCGCGUCCGUAAACCAAGGCGGGACCCAAGCACGAGUCUACGCGAUGACCGAGGCGGAUGCGAGAGCAAACCCGGACUCCGUUGCAGGUUGAAGCUAGGGCUUGCUACUUGCACCUUCUCACGGGUGGUAUCAAAUCAGGAAGACGUGGUUCGUGCUUCCUUAUUUUCUUUCAAACUACCGAACACUUGCUCAUGGAUAUUUGUUCUACUAUAAACUAUUUUUGGGGCUUGCAUGCCCAUGUUGUUGGCCGGUUGUGGCCUAUGACUUACCGUUGAAUAUUUUCCGCUAUUCAUUGGU